AUAGUGAGCAUCAGGAGAUUUCUCUCGCAUAAAUCUAUGUGUACUCCUUAUCAGAUUAUUGCGUUAAGUUCACAACAGGAUCGAAGGGUAAAUUGUUCGGUUGUCGGUUCAUAGUGAAUAUAUUUGCUAAAUAACAUAUUCAGAUUAGUGAACGUUUUGUUUUACAUCGCACAAAACCUGCCGUCGAGUCGAAUAUUAUUCACAUGUUUUCUUAAGUGAGCAAAUGUAGAUUUUUCUGACGGUAUCAACCGACAUUCAGUCGACGCGAAAUCUGAAGCUAAAGUAAGCGAAAGAUAUAUCAAGUUUUCGAGUAUUAAACGGUGACCAGUCAAGCACCUGUUGGAAUGGAUGGUGCUGUUGUAAGUCCCAUGCCGGAAGCUCCUCUGGCAAGAAUUAAUUUUGAGAAAACACCACCUGAGAGUCCAAACAAUUAUGAUGGACUUCCACCGCUUGCUGAAAAACGCUAUGAUGACGAGAACGACCGAGUAUGGAAUUGCGGAGCGUGGUUCGAAUACAUAUUGGUGGUGGUGUUAUCUUCCCUGUUAUUGAUAGCAGCAUCGAUACUGACAAUUUUCUGGAUAAUAUACUAUCGUAAAGGUUUUAACAUGCAAGAUCCGAAGCUACAAUUUAAUUUACAUCCAGUCUUGAUGGUUGGCGGCUACAUCACGUUGUCCGGAUUUUCCAUCCUGUUAUACCGCAUUUGCCGUUGUUGCUCUCAUUUGAUCGUCAAAUUGUGCCACACAUUUUUCCAUGCGUGUUCGAUUCCAUGUAUAGUAAUUGGAUGCCUAAUCGUUUGGGACUCCCACAAUCAAACUCAAGUACCUCAUUUCUACUCACUCCAUUCAUGGCUUGGCUGCAUUACCAUGGGUUUAUUCGUGCUGCAGUUUAUGUUGGGAUUUUUUAGUUUCCUCAUUCUGUUAUGCUGUGAGAAUGCCACCUAUAAGUUCAGAUCAACAAUGGUUCCAAUUCACGCAAGCUUCGGGGUUGUCACAUUUAUGUUGGCGGUCGCUACAGCUGUCACUGGUUUGACUGAAAAGGCCAUAUUUGAGCUAGGAGAUAGUUACACUCAAACCAUAGAAGAAGGACUUGUGAUCAACUCCAUCGGAGUGAUACUGACAGGACUUGGCAUCAUCAUUCCAUUUGCAGUACGGCGUUCCAACUCUCCUGCAAACUAUAAAGUGUAUGUUACAGAACGUAUUUAAGCUAUCAGUGAAUAAAAUUUCGCUUGUGGGCCUGUGUGCCAAAAUAUUAUGAAAUUGAACUUCAGAUGUAGCGAAUUAUAGUAAUGUAAAACAUGUAGUUGCGAUACAUUUCAAUAUUGAGUUUAAAAUAUGAAACAAUCAUCGACCACUUCAGAACGAAACAAAGUAAUACAUAUAAUGAACAUCUCAAAUAAGGUAAUAUGUAGGACCUAGCUUACACAUGUAUUUAGACACGAAAUGCAUAAUGUUAUCUAAAAUAAUGUAGUUCAACACAAUACAUGAGAUUAACUUUAUUCGUUGUUUAUUGAGGUUCAAUGUUUUUAACACAUGAUGGUAUUUUUUUAUAUUAAACAUUUUUUACAUUCUGUUAUACGCAUCGUUCGAGUUUCGAAAAUAAGAAGAGGAUUUUCAUUGGUUCAAUAAGCAAUAAACUAAAUGAUAACUCUUUCCAUCGAUAUAUACAGGUGAUCUAUGAAUAACAUAAAAUAAAAUAUACAAUGAACUCGCAAAAUAUACUAGCAUAAACAUAAUUCACUGAUGUUUUGAGAUUGCAGAGCCGGCGAAAGUCGAAACACCAGAAAUUCUUGAUUUCCCCAUUUCAAAACAUUCAGGGCCUUAUUCCCGUAUCCACGUACACUUACGUUCCCCCUACGCUUACAUCUCACUUCACUUUGUUGUACUCAUUCCCGUUUCGUGAAGUGUAAAAAUGAACUUCGUGUAGAAAAUGGAGUGGAUACCAAAAUGACCCUGUGUUCAUUUCCAAUGUCGUUUCUAAUGGCGCGUUUACAUUAGGGAGAUCUAUAGCUAUAGAUGAAUUUAUUCACACGAAAAUAGAUAUAAACGGGUGAGAACAUAUAUGAUACACUUGCUCAAGGUAUAUAUAAUCACUAUGAAUAGAAUAAAUUCAGGCAUAUGUAAACGCUGGUGAAUUUCUCACUGGUGAGAAAUCUCUAAAGUUGGAUGCAGUUCUACUUCAGGUGAAUAAAUUCACCGAAAAUAUGUAUAUAUUCAGUAUACAAGUUCGCGCUAGUGUAAACGGUUGAUGCGAUUUCUAUAAAUCUCAUCAUAUUUCUUCACAUGAAUAUAUCACUAGUCUAUAUCCACCGUAAGAGAAACGUCAGUUGUAUUUUGUUUUGUUUAUCCUCGAGUUGUGUUGAUACACCCAGAAAAUGGAUUACUAAAAAAAAGCUUCCAAAUCCUUUGUAAUGCAAACAGUAGAAUGUACAUAUUUUCUGUAAAUAUUACCAAUCGUUUGUAAAAUGAAUGUCAGAUGCAAUACACAUCCCUACCAACGAUUGAUUCAUUUUACUUACUAUACUUCGCGGUAUUAGUAACUUUUACGAUUGUCAUUACAGGCAACCGCGAAGAAAAUGUAAAUAUAACUUUAUUAGCCUA